AUGCGGCCGCCAAUGAGGUGCUACGACCCUUGUUUGAUCCAAGAACCUACAAUUUACAGAUUGAAUGAAGCAGUUAUGCAUUUUGGCGAGAGCAUCAAGGAAAUUAUUAACGAGGAUUUUGGCGACGGAAUUAUGUCAGCUAUAGACUUCUACUGCUCAGUCGACAAGGUCAAGGGUGUUGAUGGGAAGGACCGUGUCGUGAUAACAUUUGAUGGUAAAUAUUUGCCAUACACCGAGCAGAAGGUGGAGCACAUGGCUUCCAGACAACCGCCGCAGGGAAGCUGAACGAGAUUCAAAAGUUUGCAGUAUGGUUGCUACGGGAAUUUGAUCUUUUUCUCCCUGCAGUGUAAUUGCUUUGCAUCUCUUUAUUUUGAAAAUCGUAUUGACAAGAUUGAAGCUGCUUGUUAUUGUGUAUGAAAGAAAGCUUCGUAGCUAGUGUUCUCUUGGCAUUCAAGUCUUGUAUGUGGAUCAUGUCAUGAUCAAGUUUGUCCUAGUCCUAGAUAAUUUCAUGGCUGCUUGGUGAUGAUAUGUCUUGGAAUAUCUUGAAUUGAUUGUCUAUCAGGACAUAGACAUGCAAUUAUCUUUAUACUAGGUUUAAAAUUUGUUGUUUGCUUCUCUAA